GAUUUGACUGGUACUGAGGCCGAGGAGGAGGAGAAGGAGGAGGGAGUGCCAUGCCAGGUCUAUCAUACUGUGGACUGGUUUGACUUGUCACGGGGCAUUUCCGUCAAACAAUGUAUGUCAGUCACAGAAAAUAGUAAGCAGUUAGUUAAAAAAAGAAGGAAAAAGAUAAGUGGGAACUUUGAGGCGUCGCCAGAGGAAAACUACGUAGGAUGGGCGAGCGCGCAGACACUGCGUUUAACACCACUGGAUCCAAGUGGCUGCUGCCUGUCAGUGAGAUCUUGGGCUUUCCUCUUGAUCAGGUGAAUUUUUUGGCGUGUCAGCUGUUUGCCCUGGCUGCUGCCUUCUGGUUUCGUCUCUACCUCAGUCCUAGCCAUGCCAAUCCCCUGGUCAGGCACGCCGUGGCCACUCUCCUCGGCAUUGCCUUCCUCAUCUUCUGCUUUGGAUGGUACUCAGCUCACAUCCUGACAGUAGUGGUUGCAAGCUACUUGAUCAUCAUCAAUGCUGACAUCAACAAUGUACACAAGUAUUCCAUGGUGACGGCUAUGGGCUACUUGACAGUGUGCCAAGUGAGCAGAGUCUUCAUCUUUAACUAUGGAAUACUGUCCACUGACUUCUCUGGACCUCUGAUGAUAGUAACCCAGAAGAUCACAACACUGGCUUUUCAGCUCCAUGAUGGUAUGUGUAAGAAAUCUGAACAACUGACCCCGGAGCAGAAGCUUCUGGCUAUAAAUGUGAGGCCUUCUCUCAUCGAAUACCUGAGUUACAAUCUGAACUUCCUGAGUAUCUUGGUGGGACCAUGCACUAACUAUAAGGACUACACAGACUUCAUAGAGGGCCAACACAUCAGCAGGAGGCUCAGGCAGCACUCUGGGACAUGUAAUGGUCAGAACGGUUAUGAUAAGACACCGGACCCGUCACCUCUGAGCGCAGUCUGUAAAAAAUUGUUGAUCUGCUGCGGCUGUAUGCUGUUCUUCCUCACUGUGACCCGGUCCUUGCCGAUAACGUACAACGUAGACCCCCACUUUGUCAGCCAGACCCCCUUCCUCACCAGACUCACCUACGCUUUCUUCUCCAUACAAGCAGCAAGGCCCAAAUUCUACUUUGCUUGGACACUAGCUGAUGCAGUCAACAACGCUGCAGGUUAUGGUUUCUUGGGAAUGGAUGAAAAUGGAAAGCCAUCUUGGGACCUCAUGUGCAACCUUAACAUCUUGGGGAUUGAGACUGCAACCAGCUUCAAGACAUUUAUAGACAACUGGAAUAUUCGAACAGGAAUUUGGCUCAAAACGGUGUGUUAUGACCGAGCCCCUAGGCACAGGUUGCCGUUAACCUUCGUCCUGUCUGCCCUGUGGCACGGUGUUUAUCCUGGGUACUAUUUCACCUUCAUCACUGCCAUCCCAAUCACCAUGGCAGCACGAACUGUACGGAAGUCUGUUCGCCACUACUUCCUGGCCUCUAGAGCCUUGAAACUGAGUUACGACAUCUUAACUUGGGCAGCCACCCAGCUAGCCAUCUGCUACACUGUCAUGCCUUUUCUACUUCUUGCAGUAGAGCCCACUUUGAUUUAUUACAGGUCUAUGUACUUCCACGUGCACAUCAUUAGCAUUCUGGCUGCGAUCGCCCUGCAUCAUAAGCACAAACCCCGGGAACCCUCUGCCACCACUAAAACGUUUUCCCCCUCCCCAUUCUCGUCUUCAUGCUCAGCCCAGUGCCAGCCUGUUCACUCCAACAACAAUGACAAAGUAGACUGAAAACCCCCCUCUUCACGUUCUUUUACCAAACUCUCAGUCCAUGGUGUUCUCUCAAAGACUAGUGAAUAUCCCUUAAGGGCAUUCAACCAAUUUAAAACGGGAAAACAUUGUAUUAUUUAUUUUUGGGACAAAGUAAAGAGUUAGGACUAAAACCUUGACAGUACAAGACGAUGCAGGAUGUCAACCUAUGGCACUGGAUGUUCAUGGGCAAAGCUUUUCUACCAUACAGUGAGAUUGAGACAAUACAUCAAACAUAAGCUCAGCAGGCAGACUGCAAACUGAAACAUUAGCUGAGGGAACGUCUCUGGCCCCACCACCAGGACGCUGGCCUCCAUCCACUUUCCCCUCCACCUGCCCCCUCUCUCCUCCACUGUCCCCCCCCCUUUGCCCAUCUCAACACCAGCCUGCCUGCUCCAACAAACAAUACAACAGAGUGAAGAGAGAAAGGAGGCUCACUUUCUUUCCUGUCCUCUAUCUGCGCUGUCCAACUAACCGAUGGGAUGUAAGCCAGCACAGUAGAGGGCAGCUCAUAAACGGGGCAUAAAUACCAGCGCGCACAAAAACAAACAAACACAAACUCAUGCAUAAACAGGCAACACACUAGGAAACAAAUAUGCAUACUCUCUCUUAGACACGCUCAUACUUGGUCACAGUUUAAUAGCAUACAAAGGCUGCCCUUGUGUGGCACAACAAAAGAGCAUACCAAGAGGAGAGAGAACCCUUGUGUGUGUGUGUGUGUGUGUGUGUGUGUGUGUGUGUGUGUGUGUGUGUGGGUGGGUGGACCUUAUCAUGAAAAACUGUGGACUGUGUCGGUAUUUCUCCCACUGUUAGUUUGUACCAGCUUGGGGGAAAGACACUUGAAAUACCAAUUAGACCAUGCAGCUCUAAAACUGUCCAGUGAAACCAUUACUAGUCUUUUAAGGCCACAUUUCAACUCCUCCUGGUGAGGAGGCUUCACUAUGCUGUAGAACAAGUAAACACUAUCUAUAAUCAUGGGCUUUAGCUAUACCCGAGUAAACAUAAAGGAAAGGCUAACAAAUAGCUGAAGAAUACAUUGUGCAACAUAACAACAACUAUGUUGUUUUGCAUUGCAUAUUUGUAACAAGUGAUGAAAUGCUGCAAUCUGAGCACACAUUUUCAAUAACUUAAUGAACGUAGUCAGACUUUCCCCACAAAAUCUCUUUGUGUGCUGAAGCAGUAGGGGAUUUAAUAGUGCCGUAGUUCUUAAUGUGUUAGUAUUUACCAUGUGAUAGGUGCUGGAUACCUAUUAUCAUUGUCAUUAUUAUUAUUAUUAUUAUUAUUAUUGUGGUACAGAGUAAUUGAAUAAAAAGCUGAGGUGAAGCUGAGAAUACAUUUGAUGUUUCUCUUUUUGGGAGGAAGCCAUUGCACACUCAAAGAAUGGAAAGUAUGAACAAAAAUAGGAAUUUAUAUAUCAAACGUAUUUUUUCUCAGUAGGAGCAGGGUGCUGUGUUUGUUCUGUGGCUCUGUGAAAGAAUACAUUUGAAAACUGGUGAUCUACCAGAGCUUAUCAACAGCGGCAGGUUGAUUUAACAGAGACAUCUGCUGGUUGUUUGUACUGUCUGAACUCUGCUGAAGUAAUGAAGGUAGGCCAGUUGGGACUGACUGAAAUGGUCACGCUGCAGCAUCUCCCAGUGCAACUUUCAACCAACCAUGAGCAGAAACCAUAUUUUUCAACUUAUAUUACAAUGAAUCAGAGGGUGAUGCUUAUGAUGACAGAUCAGCUAAGCACUUCAUUCAUUAUUUGUUGUUUUUUUUGGAUCAAGAAUUGAUCACUCAUGGGAGGUUUGGCAUUGGGAGUUUUUAAAAGUGGCACGGUGGCUUGGAUAGUAAUGGUGCUAUCUGCUGCAGGCUAGCAUGUUAACUUUCAAAUACAUUUAGGGGUCAGUUCUUAAAAAGGUUUGCUAACAAUGCUAACAAGUUGCAAUGCAAGAAUAUAUUUUUGGUAGUGUAACAGUACACAGUAAAGAUGACAUACUGAAAAUGUCCCUUUAAAUGCAUUAUAUGGGUUGCCUAAUGAACAUGCAGUUUCUUCCUGUGGUUUAACAACCUCUUUUUGUGGUUAAUCAUGUUAGAGACACAAUCUAAAUGCAUUUUAUUACCUGCUUUGGAAUUUAAUCAAAACUUUUUGACUACUGGAAAAAUGUAUACUUUGGACUUGCCCGUUUUGGCAUUGACUCAACUUCUAGUUCUUAAUAUGUAAAGGCUCACAGUAGAGGCUUUUUUUUACAAGAAAAAACAUCAGACUAUGUAGACUUGUUUUCUAUUUUUCUGUCGAGACAUCAGUGUCAUUUUAAAAUCACACUUCUCAACUUUGUUGUGACAAGUACCCAGUUCACAGGCAAGUGUGUGGAGGAGUGGGCAUGUAUUGAAUUAACACUUAUUAUUCAGUUAAUACCAAUAAUGGGAAUUAUUUGAGAUUUUAAAGGAAACAAGAAGGAGAGGGCAUGUGUAUCAAACUAUUUCCCCUUGGCUAAUAAGAAGAAAUGUAUUUUUGACUACAUCUUUUAACUUUUGGGUCAUUUUGGAGAAAAAGAUGACUAUAUUUAAUGUUUAAUGUUUAACAACACAGUGAAAAAUUUCCUGGAGUUGAUGAAGCUUCAGUAGUGACUGCUUUGGGGACCUGUAGACUCUUUGCAAGAGGCCUGCAAUUCUUAACAUUUUGGCCUGAAAAAUACUGGUGCUAAAUGCCAAUGGUGUUACAGUUAGUCCCCACAACAGCCACUGUCAAAGGCUGACUGUACCUAAACUCCUCAAGAAGUGCUGAAAAGUGAAAACACUCUUCCCAAGUAUGGCUUUGUUAUAACAGAACUGUUUUUGUGAGACAAAGUCCUUAUUAACUGAUAUGGAACUAGUUAUAACCCUUAAAUCUGUUGUUAUCAAUAACAUGUACUUUGCACUGUAUGUAUGCUUGUUGCUAAUGUUUUUAGUGCAGGGAAAUGAGCGAUGAGUGGCACAUAUACAGUAUGAAUAUGUUGUCAGAAUGAGCAGCUAUUUGAAUGACUGAUUAUGAAGAUGUUUCUUGUAUGUGUUUUUGUUGAUGUGUGUGAUCAAAUAUACUGACUGUGUGUGUGUGUGUGUGAUAUUUUCUGAUAUUGCCCCAUGGCUCCAUUUUAGUAUUGUUUGUAUAGAGGAAAGCGUGAGUGGUAUAAAAAACUUUUCAAUAACAAAUAAAGCUUCAGUGAAACAAA